AUGGCGCCUUCAGCUGCCCCGACCUCAGACCCGCCAUCCCAGGCCGAUACGCCCAUGAACGAUGCCAACGAGGAGCCCGUCACAUCGGUUCCUGUUGAUGGUCCGGACGCGCAUAUGACGAAACUGUUGAUCAAUUGCGAACUCGGCUCGGAUGUUAACUUGGGCGCAAUGCAGGACUCCGAUACCAACCCGAACACCACAGCAAGCAGUGUUACAGGCGACUCAGUUCACCCUGACGGGAGGAGGAAACGGUCCGAGGUCUUUCACAUGAGGAAGAGCCUUCUGGGUAAAAAGCACGGUCGUUUGGAUGAGUCUAAGGAAGAUGAUUCAAUUCGACGAUUCCGUUACCUUCUCGGGCUGACCGAUCUGUUCCGUCAUUUUAUCGAAACAAACCCCAACCCUCGCAUCAAGGAGAUCAUGGCUGAAAUCGACCGACAAAACGCCGCGGAAGAAGCGAAGGCUCGCAAAGGCUCAUCGCGGACGGGUGGUGCUGGUAACGAUCGACGCCGCAGGACUGAACAAGAAGAAGACGCGGAGCUGCUGAGUGAUGAGAGGAGUGGCGGCGAAACCGGCACGGUAUUUCGCGACUCCCCGCCUUUUGUCCACGGCGAGAUGCGUGAUUAUCAAGUUGCGGGUCUGAACUGGCUUGUGUCCUUGCACGAGAACGGUAUCUCGGGUAUACUGGCAGAUGAGAUGGGUCUGGGUAAAACCUUGCAGACAAUCUCUUUUCUCGGCUACCUUCGCUACAUCUGUGAUAUCCCCGGCCCUCAUCUGAUCGCGGUUCCCAAGUCUACGCUCGACAACUGGAAGCGAGAAUUCAUGAAAUGGACGCCCGACGUUAAUGUGCUUGUGCUCCAAGGUGAUAAAGAACAGCGCCACAAGUUAAUCAACGAGCGACUUCUCGACGAAGACUUCGAUGUCUGCAUUACGAGUUACGAAAUGGUUCUUCGGGAGAAAUCUCACCUCAAGAAGUUCGCCUGGGAAUACAUCAUCAUCGACGAGGCUCAUCGGAUUAAGAAUGAGGAGUCGUCCCUCGCACAAAUUAUUCGUGUCUUCAACUCUCGGAAUCGGCUGCUGAUCACCGGUACCCCACUUCAGAACAACCUCCACGAACUCUGGGCCCUCCUGAACUUCCUUUUGCCUGACGUUUUCGGUGAUUCGGAAGCUUUUGACCAGUGGUUCUCUGGUCAGGAUGCCGAUCAGGAUACCGUCGUACAACAACUUCAUCGGGUGCUCCGGCCAUUCUUGCUUCGUCGCGUUAAGAGCGAUGUCGAAAAGAGUCUACUUCCCAAGAAAGAGCUCAAUUUAUAUGUCCCUAUGUCUGAAAUGCAAGUGAAGUGGUAUCAGAAGAUCCUCGAGAAGGAUAUCGAUGCUGUGAACGGUGCCGCCGGCAAGCGGGAAUCCAAAACUCGCCUGCUGAACAUUGUUAUGCAACUCCGCAAAUGCUGCAAUCACCCCUACCUCUUCGAAGGUGCUGAGCCUGGCCCACCCUACACGACCGACGAACACCUUGUCUUCAAUGCUGGCAAGAUGUCGAUUCUUGACAAGCUCCUGGCGCGGAUGCAGAAGCAGGGAAGCCGAGUGCUCAUUUUCUCACAAAUGAGCCGUGUCCUGGAUAUUCUGGAAGAUUACUGUGUAUUCCGAGAAUACAAUUACUGCCGUAUAGACGGUACCACAGCCCACGAGGAUCGAAUCGCUGCCAUUGACGAUUACAACAAGCCGGGCUCGGACAAAUUUGUUUUCCUACUCACGACACGAGCAGGAGGUCUCGGUAUUAACUUGACAUCUGCAGAUAUUGUCGUGCUUUAUGACAGCGAUUGGAAUCCUCAAGCGGAUCUUCAGGCUAUGGAUCGUGCUCACCGUAUCGGUCAGACCAAGCAGGUGGUCGUAUUCCGUUUCGUCACCGAAAACGCGAUUGAGGAGAAGGUUCUUGAGCGUGCAGCGCAAAAGCUGCGACUCGACCAACUUGUCAUCCAGCAAGGUCGUGCGCAACAGCAGACUAAGAAUGCUACCUCCAAGGAUGAACUUCUUGGUAUGAUUCAGCACGGAGCUGCCAAUGUCUUCGGCAACAAUUCCGAUUCGGCAUCUCUGUCUGCCGAAAAGCAAAUAUCCGAUGAUAGUUUCGAGGAUAUCAUGCGCAAGGGUGAGGAGCGAACCGUCGAGCUGAACAAGAAAUAUGAAAAAUUGGGUAUCGAUGAUCUGCAGAAGUUCAGCUCCGAGAGCGCUUACGAAUGGAACGGCCAGAAUUUCACGGAACGCAAGAAGGAUAUUGGCGUUAACUGGAUCAACCCGGCCAAGCGCGAGAGAAAGGAGCAGUUCUACUCCAUCGACAAGUACUACCGACAGGCCUUGGCUACUGGCGGAAGAACUGCGGACCCGAAACCCAAGGCGCCGCGGGCUCCCAAACAGAUCACCGUUCACGAUUGGCAGUUCUUCCCGCCGGGACUCCAGGAGCUCCAGGAGAAGGAGACUGCAUACUUCCACAAGGAAAUCGGAUAUAAGGCCAUUCUUGCCGAUGGUCCCGAGGAGGAGCUCAGCGAACGCGAGGCGGAACGCGAUCUGGAGCAACAAGAAAUUGACAAUGCAGUUCCUUUGACCGAGGAGGAACAAGCACAAAAGGCGGAGAUGUCCGAAGAAGGGUUUUCAACUUGGAACCGCCGUGAUUUCCAACAGUUCGUCAACGGGUCAGCCAAGUUUGGGCGCACUGACUAUAACGGAAUUGCCACCGAGGUGGACAGCAAAGAACCCGACGAAAUCGAGGAAUACGCCCAAGCUUUCUGGGAUCGAUACACUGAGAUCCAAGAUUAUCCCAAGUAUCUCCGGGUCAUUGAACAGGGCGAGGAGAAACUUCGCAAGAUGAACCAUCAACGCAAGAUGCUCCGCAAGAAGAUGGAGAUGUACCGCGUUCCCCUCCAGCAACUCAAAAUAAACUACACCGUGUCUACUACCAACAAAAAGGUCUACACGGAAGAGGAGGAUCGGUUCCUCCUAGUAAUGUUGGACAGAUACGGAGUUGAUGGCGAAGGUCUCUACGAGAAAAUCCGGGACGAGAUCCGCGAAUCGCCUCUUUUCCGCUUCGAUUGGUUCUUCCUCAGCCGAACCCCCGUGGAGAUUGGCCGUCGCUGUACCACUUUAUUGAAUACGGUCGCCAAGGAGUUUGAGCCUGGCGACGGGAAAGCCAACGGCGAGAACAAAGGCCGUGGACGUGACGAAGACGUCGAAAAUGAGGAAGACGGCCCGCCAGCCAAGAAGAAGAGCAAGGCUGCCGUGAAUAAACAGGUCAAGGCUGUCAAGGGCAGUGCCAAAGGCAAUUCUCCAUCCUCGUCACGGGCGGCUAGCGUGUCGUCCAACGCAGCUUCGAAAUCGAAGAGCCGAAAGAAAUAA